CAAGUCUUCAAGUGCUACUCCACUACAGCUGUCUGGUACAGCGAUCGAUAGAAACACAGGUUGAUUCCGGAGAACACGGCGUAAGGUCUUAACGACUUUAAACGUAAAUCUCCAAGAACGAGAUGGCACGAGGAGAGGGCGCAGAGCAGUACUCUAAUGCCAGUCUGCUUCAAACACCCAGCCCAGACGGAAUCAAACGGGCUGCAAAGUGUGAACCAAGGGGCGGGUUGUCAGUAUGCAACAAGUUGUGUUAUGCCAUUGGUGGAGCACCAUAUCAGAUAACGGGAUGUGCAAUCGGCUUCUUCCUUCAGAUCUACCUGCUGGACGUUGCUUUGUUGGACCCAUUUUAUGCCUCCAUCAUCUUGUUUGUGGGUCGAGCAUGGGAUGCCAUCACAGACCCCACGGUGGGCUUUCUAGUCAGCCGGAGUCCCUGGACCAGAUUUGGACGAAUGAUGCCCUGGAUUGUGCUGUCUACCCCGUUGGCCGUGCUGAGCUAUUUCCUCAUCUGGUACGUGCCACCUGUUGACCAAGGCAAGGUUAUUUGGUACCUGAUUUUCUACUGCUCCUUCCAAACAUUACAGACAUGCUUCCACGUACCGUAUUCUGCACUUACCAUGUUUAUCAGCACUGAGCAGAAGGAGAGGGAUUCGGCCACAGCCUACCGGAUGACUGUUGAGGUUUUGGGCACGCUCAUUGGCACUGCUGUUCAAGGACAGAUUGUGGGAAUGGCUAGCGCUCCUUGUAUCAGCUCCGGUGAGGAGCUGAACUCCACAGGUCUGCUGGUGGCUUCCACCGUCAACAUCACUGAGCCUCAUGUUUCACUGGAGCAUCUGAGAAAUGCUUACAUGAUCGCAUCUGGUGUCAUCUGCUGCAUUUAUGUCGUCUGUGCUAUGGUCUUGUUCCUUGGUGUGAAAGAACAAAAAGAGACCUGCAGGGUUAGGACCGGGUCCAUGUCAUUCUUUCAGGGUAUUCGUAUGGUGAUGGGCCACGGUGCAUAUGUCAAGCUGGUCAUGGGCUUCCUCUUCACCUCUCUGGCUUUUAUGCUUCUGGAAGGAAACUUUGCACUGUUUUGUAGCUACACCCUUGGCUUCAGAAACGACUUCCAAAACAUCCUUCUCGUCAUUAUGCUCUCCGCCACGCUUGCUAUCCCAUUUUGGCAGUGGUUCCUCACUAAAUUUGGCAAGAAGACUGCCGUGUAUAUUGGGACUACAUCUGUUGUGCCUUUCCUGGUCUCCGUGGUCUUGUUGCCCAGCAAUCUUAUUGUGAUAUACGUCGUGUCCUUUGCAGCUGGAGUCAGCGUUGCAGCGGCCUUCCUCCUGCCAUGGUCUAUGCUUCCCGAUGUUGUGGAUGACUUUAAAAUCCAAAAUCCUGAAUCUCAAGGGCACGAAGCCAUCUUCUACUCUUUCUAUGUGUUCUUCACCAAGUUUGCGUCUGGAGUUUCCUUGGGGGUCUCAACUCUUAGCCUUGAUUUUGCCGGCUAUGUGACAAGAGGUUGCACGCAACCCGCCGAAGUCGAUUUAACCUUGAAGAUCCUGGUGUCUCCUGCUCCGAUAGUCUUGAUCAUUAUUGGGCUGCUGAUAUUCAUCUCGUAUCCAAUCAAUGAAGAGAAGAGACAAGGCAACCGCAAACUACUUAAUGAACAACGAGAACAUGAGAUUGACUCAGAAACAGACUCCACUGAGCUCAAUGUGGUUUAAGGGCACCGGAACCCUAGACCGAACAUUGUGCCACUUGUGUCACAUCAACACAGAUGAAACCAAGUGAGCAAAUGCUUUGAGCCAACCAUGCAGCCUUGUGCACAACCACAAAUCAACAUGAAACAGACUUUGUCCAGCUCCAUUUCAAAGUGCCUUGCCAUUUCUGGUUGCAAGUGCUAAUGGAUGCUAGAAACGUUUCCCUGAGUUGUACAAAACCGAAAGGCUUAUUUGUAUGUACAAAUUUGUGUGUGUGUGUGUGUGUGUGUUGCCAGUGUUUGUGCUGCUCGCUGGUGUAGGGUCUCAAAGCAGUGGCCAAAAAAGCCAGCUUUCGAUAAGCACACCUCUAAAGUGCACUAAAAAUGAUCCGAGACAUGUCUACCAUAAGAUGAAACUUGAAACAUUUAGUAACUUUUUUUUUUUUUUUUUUUUUUUUGCCAAAACCAAAAAUGCAUUAAGAUCAUGAUUGAAAGGUACAUUUUGGGAGGGAUAUCUGUGAAACCGUACACAAUGCGAGUAAUAUUUGUUUAUAAUUUAAUAUUUAUAUAAGCUUUUGUGCAUCUUAUUGGUUAAGCAAUCUUGAGAGACCUGAGAAUAGUUUGAUUACGUCAGACUUCAGUAUUGUGCGCAGAAGGUUAUUGUUUAUUUCAUGUACUUUCCUUCAUGUACACCUUCUGGUAUUUUGUAUUAUUAUUUUUUUAAACCUAUUUCUACUCCCCCUGGGUUUA